UUUCUCGUUCAGUGGAAAGCACACGAUUAUAGCAGUAGCAGGGACAAAACAAACGGGGCCUCUACUCACAAAUGCAACCAUGGCAAAUCCCGAUCGAUUAAAGCUCUCUUUGAACUGAACCGACCAGAGCUGUCGGGCUGGGCAGGGCUGCUGCUCCAUGUUGCUCUGUCAGGAAUUUGGACAAAGAGAUCAUAAACCCUUUUGGAUGCAAGUUCUGGUAUAAAAGCAGCGGGAGGAUCUGGAUAAAACUGGGAAGUCCAUUAGACCCAAAAGAAGUGCCAGUGUAGUCAUGACCAUGGGAAAGAUAAUUUUCUACGAGGAAAGAAAUUUCCAGGGUCGCUCCUAUGAGACCAGCAGCGACUGUGCUGACAUGUCCUCCCACCUGAGCAGGUGUCACUCCUGCAGGGUGGAGAGCGGCUGCUUCAUGGUCUAUGACAACACAAACUUUAUGGGAAACCAGUUCUUUGUGAGGAGAGGAGAGUACUCUGACUAUCAGCGGAUGGGCAUGAGCGACUGUAUCAAGUCUUGCCGCAUGAUCCCCAUGCACAGAGGCCAGUUCAGGAUGAGGAUCUAUGAGAGGGAGGAUUUUGGAGGCCAGAUGUACGAGCUGAUGGAGGAUUGUGAAUCCAUCAUGGAUCGCUACCAAAUGUCUGACUGCAUGUCCUGCCAUGUGAUGGACGGCCACUGGCUGAUGUACGAGCAGCCCCACUACAAAGGGCGCAUGAUGUACCUGAGGCCCGGGGAGUACAGGAGCUUCAGGGAGAUGGGAAUGAGCGGCAUGAGGUUCAUGAGCAUGAGGAGGAUCAUGGAUUCCUGCUAUUAGAGCAUCAAUGCUAAACAGCAAGUUUUCAAAUAAAAUGCAAACGCUGUCUUUUAA